AGCGCAAUGUUGACAGGGCACAACAACACACAGUCUUUGUGCAACGCAUUUUCCUUACUAUCAACGAAUUAAAACAGAAAAUUAAACAUUUUCCAUGCCAAACACUAAAUAAUUGCACAACCACCGCAACCAUCGGACGCUCACGGAGCCGCAACGUUUCGUGGCUGGACAGAAAGACGAAAUGACGGCACGGAAUCCCCAAACACUGAUGGCACUGCCCAACGAAGAGAAUUUCGACUUCCUCUUCAAAAUUGUGCUCAUCGGGGACUGUUGCACGGGCAAGACAUCAAUACUGCAGCGCUUCAAGACGGGCAACUAUGUGGAGCGGCACGGGAACACCAUUGGCGUCGACUUCUCAAUGAAAACCAUUGAAGUCGAGGGCAAGCAAGUCAAGCUACAAAUUUGGGAUACCGCUGGACAGGAGCGAUUUCGCACCAUUACUCAGAGCUAUUACCGUGCCAAUAAUGGUGUCAUAAUUGUUUACGACAUAACGAAACGUGCGACAUUUGCCAAUCUGCAAAAGUGGAUCGAGGAGGUGCGGCGCUAUACAGCCUCCAAUGUGCUGAUCAUAUUGAUUGGCAACAAGUGCGACCUGGAAUCCGAGCGCGAGGUGGACUUUGAGGAGGCGCGCCAAAUGUGUCAGUAUAUACCUGAAAUCCUAUUCGUGAUGGAAACGUCCGCCAAGGAGAACACAAACGUCGAAGAUGCCUUUCGCUGUCUGGCCACGGAACUAAAGCGACAACACGAUUCGAGCAACGUCCAGGCCUUGGAUGAGAACACCGUGCAGCUGGGCCAGAGCAAACCGCUGAAGAGCUGCAGCAGCUCCUGCAAUCUCACAUAGACAACUCCAUUUACCUAUGAUUUGGAUUUUGAUUUUAUUUUUGUGAUCAAAUGUUCAUGUGGCUAUAAUUUUUAGUAUUUAUACAUUAUAUUUUAUUUUGUUAAUGUUUUGUAUGUCUUCUACUCGCUGAGACGAGUAACUAAAACUUAAUUUAUUCAUUUAACAUACA